AUGAUGUACGCAGUUUUUAUGGCACCAGUGUUCCUUGUCAAGAUUGCUGGUGUCCAUCCGGAUGGGAUAGGUGGCUUAGUUCUAUGCAAACUUGUGACAGGAGGAAAUUUGUCAUGGUUUGGAGCUGCUUCCUCGAUUGUCACACUCGUUGCCAUCGCCUUUGAACGAUACAAUGCCGUGUUAUAUCCAUUCAACAACAUAGGAGCAUUUACCAAGUUUAAAUUGAAGGUGAUCAUUGCCAGUUCUUGGAUUUUUUCCACCUUAUUCAACAUCCCGUUGUUCCUGGCAGUCGGCCUUGAUGAGAGAGCAAACAAGUGCGCACAGCUCUUCCCAAAAGAGUGGAUGGCAAAGGCGACGAGCUGGUCGUGGUUUCUUCUUCCAGCUUUUUCCACUGCGCUAAUGGCCUUUCUGUACUGUAGAGUCGUGUACAAUUUGUGGAUCAAGGAUAAAGACCAAGAUCAGCUGACGCAGCAGCAAAUGGUUGUGAUAAGGGUGAGAAAGCGAAUCGCUUUGAUGGUGGUUACUGUCAGUGCUAUAUUUGGCAUAUGUUGGUGCACAGGUGGUACCAUUUACAUUGUGUCGUACACUGCCUAUGCAUCCAUGGACUAUAACACGGUCGUUUUACCUAUUUCUUACCUAACCGUCAUGUUCAACUCUGCCACCAACCCGUUUACCUACGCUCUGUUAAACCAACAAUUCAGAAGCAAGAUGAAGAUGAUAUUUUUUCCUGCUUGUUUCUUCUCAUCCACGGUCCAACCCAGUGCAGUCAGGCAGUACCGAGACCACAACAGCGCAUCGUGUCACCGGUGUGGUCACCAAGGCUAUCAUGUUUAA